AUGCCAAUGAAAAUCCUGAUUACACCUGAGCAAAUCCGACCAUCUCCUAAAGCUGCACAACGAAAAGAAGCUCAAAGAGGAAGGAAGAGAGGCAGAAGUCGUAUUUUAACUAGUACACUAGAGAAAGCAGAGGCCGAAAGAUUAGCUCUCGAGAGAGAAAGGAAGAAGUCUGGUAAGUUAUCUGUAGCCAUCCGCAAUAUUUCUAAUAAGAAGCAAGUUUGUGAAGAUUCUGAGUCUUCGUCCGAGGAAUUACAAACUCCAUAUCAAGAUACAGAUGAUAAUCUAGAAAUAUAUCUGAGUUCUGAGAAGGAUGAAAUAGAAAAAAUAGAUUGGAAUAAUAGUUCUGUGAAUCUUAAGACUGAGAUUUUGUGGUUGUUAAAUUUUGUACUAAAAAGUCUGUUGUUUAUUAUGUUGACAAAAUGUUGCAGUGUGAUUCAUUAG